GACCUGCUGGAAGCUGUAGGUGUUACACACCACAUCCCAGGCAUUGUCACAGUCCAGGGGAUGGAGAACGGACUUCCAGCCUGGAGGCUCCAUAAGAAUGUUCAACACCUGACCCUUCCACAACACGACUCCAUCAACUUCCAAAGAAAAGUUACGGAUUCCUUUGGCCUCUACUUCUCCGUCCAGCAAAAAAGGCGGUCAUCUGGCACCCUGAUCUCCUUCACCGUGCCGGCCUUCAUGAAUUUCGCCGGCCAACCUCUGCUCCAGCUGAUUUCCAGCAGACGCUCCAACCUGCUCGAGCUAGACUACCUGGCUGCCUUUCAUAUGGAGCCUGCUAGGAUCCAUUUCCCCAUAAACACAGCAUUCUUGAAGGGCAAAUGGGCACAUAUAGCCCUUAGCCUGAACAGGAACAGAGUGGUGCUUUUUGUCAACUGUGAAGAGGCUAUGGUGUUGGAGAAGGAUUUUGAGGAUUUAUUCAGCUCCAUGUUUCUCAGUGACUUAGAGAUCACCCUUGCCAGCACACCUAGAAUCUAUACCAGCAAGUUCCAGGGUUCUUUGCAAACCGCAUGGCUCUCCACCACAGGCUACAAGACGCGACCAUGGCACUGCCCCAACACAUCAGAUCUGAAUGGGAUUCUCUGGCCAACAGAGGAUUCUGCGCGCCCUCCAGAAGAUGUCCCCCACAGACAAGUUCCCAGCAGACACCUGGAGCCUCAGUCUGACCAGGAGCCUGACCUAGGCAUACCUCAGAGAGCUCUCUCGCAGUCUUUUCCACACCGCAAGGUAAUUUGCCUCUGGGAGGGAAAGGACAUUGAGGAAGGCACAUGGAUGCCAAACGGGCCUGAUGAAGUCUGCCUUUGUCAUGCCGGAGAGUUCCGCUGCAUGCCCUCCGGAAAUGACUGUGUCUAUGAAGGGACCAGCUAUAAAAAUGGAGACGUGUUCCUGUCCAGAUCCAGCCCUUGUACUAACUGCUCAUGCAUAGACGGUCUUGUGAAAUGUAUUCCGGUGACCUGUAAGUUUCCCCACUGCCUCAACCCCAAGAGGACUCCAGGUUCCUGCUGUCUCCCAUGCUCAG